CUGAGGAGGAGGAGGAGGAGGAGGAGAAACGAGACGAGGCUGCUUUCCUCUUUCUCCGGGAGAGAUCAACAGGGCGGCAGCAGCAGCUCUCUGACGAUGUGUGUGUGUGCGUGCGUGUGCGUGUGUGUUUUUCUUCUCUCUGCUCCUCCCGCGACGUUAAUGGGCUAAAAAACAACCUCCUCUUCUCAUGAAGGACUGCACAGGUCCGAACGUUCAGCAGCGACACUAACGGAGUUGUGUGAACGCGUCAUGGUUCUUCGUGGAUACACAAGCUGCCGUGUGUCUUGAGACGUUCAGGCACCGUCAGGAAAACAGAGAGACAGAGAGACACAGUUUGUGUCUGUGUAGAAAUAAUGGCGGGCAUUUUAGAUUUAGCAUGCUUAAGUAAGACCUUACAUUAUCACAGAAUGUAAUCAAAUAACACAACGUCCAGACCUGCUCCUGUCUGUUCAUGUUUUCUGUUGAUGAGUAUGGAGAAAAAUUCAAACUACAAAUGGAUGAAGAGGAGUCACCUACCAGCAGCUAUGUGUGAAUCCAGGAAACCAAAACCGACGGACAAUAUUCGGACUGGACACAUGUGAGAUCGGGGAUGAGUUUUGUCGUGUUGUUUUUGAACAUUAUCGAUGGAGUCGACUGUUAGCACGGCCCUGUGGGGCAGCAACUACACAGCCGAAGACUCCAGGCCAAGCUUCACCGACCAGCUGGUGACUCCCUCACCUGUUGUGCCGAGGGUUGUUUCCAUAGUGACCCACCUAGUAACCGCCACCGCAGAGGCCACAGUGGGAACCACAGGAAACCUAUCGGCCUUCAGAGACGAAAGAGGGAACAAGCUCAGUCAGACCCACCAGGCAUCGACCCCGUCACUGCUGAGUACCGCAGAGGGCAACUCUUUCCUGCAGGGCAUCACAGUGGCAGCUCAGGCCCUGGUGCUCCUCUCCAUCUUCCUUCUUUCUUGCCUUGGUAACUUUGCAGUCGUCAUUGUUAUCAUCAAACACAGGCAACUUCGAACGGUGACCAACGCCUUCAUCAUGUCGCUGUCACUGUCCGACUUCCUCACAGCUGUUCUAUGUCUGCCGUUCUCCUUCGUCAUGCUCUUCAGUAAGGACGGCAUCUGGAUGUUCGGGGAUCAUUUCUGUGUGGCCAAUGGAUUUUUCAAUACCUGCUUUGGUAUCAUUUCCACCCUGACUAUGACUUUGAUCUCCUUUGACAGGUACUAUGCCAUAGUUAGACAGCCACAGGCUAAAAUAGGGCGCCAGAAAGCAACUCAGUUGUUGAUAGCUGUGUGGGUGACUGCUGUCAUUUUCUCUUUACCUUGGUAUCUACUAAUUCGGACACCUAUAGAAAUCCAUAAGAGAGGGUUCUACCAUUGCAUGUAUGUGUUCCACUCUGGGACUUCACGCAUGGGGACGUCUUACAGCAUCUGUCUGAUCGUUAUUUGUUAUUUACUGCCCUUCUCCCUCAUGUGUUUUUGUCAUUAUAACAUCUGUAAGACAGUGCGGCUCUCAGAGAUCCGAGUCAGGCCAGUGACCACAUAUGCUUACUUAUUGCGAUUUUACAGUGAAAUGAGAACAGCCACCACAGUUCUCAUUAUGAUUGUUUUUAUAAUUUUUUGUUGGGGGCCAUAUUGUUUAAUGGGGUUGGUUACAGCAAUGGGAGACUACAAAUUCAACCCUGCAAUGGACACAGUGGCCAUCUGGUUCGCCUGGGCAAAUGGAGCCAUCAAUCCUUUGAUCUACGCCCUGAGGAACCCCAAUAUAUCAAUGUUACUUGGACGGAGCAGAGAGGAGGGUUAUCGGACCAGAAAUAUUGCUACGUACCUUUCGAGCCAAACCCAGAACCGUGAGAGUCGGCUUAAUCAAGCGGAGAGGAUUAGGGACCGCUAUGUAAGUCGCGUGGGGGUGAAUAAUAACAGCCGGAUCUCCAGUUCAAGUCCUGGAAAAGGAGGAGAGGUGGCAAUGUGGGCCUGUAAAAACCCUGCUGUGUUCUUCUGCAGGGACGGCCAGCCUGACACUGCAAGUCUACCCAACUCUGUCAGCACUCGUAAGAUGAAGACAGCUGACACCAGCCUGUAAAAUUCUGGAAUAAUUCUCAAACAUCUUAUAAUGGUUUUUAUCGUAUCUGUAUGUAUUUAUCAUUAUUAUUAUGGAUACAGAGACUGCUGUCACCAUUAUCGAAAAUACCUGAUUUCUGUCUCGUCAGAUCACAGAAUCUCAAAAGUGUUAAAACCACCAGUGUUUCAAGAAUCAACAGGAUCAUGAUUAGUAAUAUUCAUUUGCAGAACUAUUCACACAAUGGGAAGACAAACAUUUUCAGUUAUGAAUUUAUUUCAAGCAGCUGUUGUCUGGGAUCCCGUCAAUGAUUUAGUGAAGAGCAUCCUUGUUGAGAACGUGUUGAUGCUUGCACUGCAAAGAUCAUCAUGCCAGAUAUGUUGAUGAAGCAUGAGAAAUUGAAAAACUGAUAAAGGGUAUAUAGUAUUUUGUUCCUUCCAUGCUUGAAAUGUAUUUGUACUUUAGCCUAACCAACAAAAUGACAUCAUUAGCCAUUUGUUCGAAUUCGUAAAAGAACCUCAAGAUACACCCCCCAAACAAUCAACCAGGAAUUGGUCAGUGAAGUUCAUCCAUACAUCCUCGCAGAAGAGGGGAUUUUAAACCACUAUAGCUGGCAAGCUAACCGCUAAAAAACUAAGCAGGGAACAUCAUUUCUGCUAGUUAGCUUAUACAAUAGACAUAUUUGUACCCUAUGACUCAUGCCAUAGUUGUCAGCAGUUUAUGUCUGGUAGAGCAUGGUUAUAAGUGGAUGGUGCAACACAGCUAUUAUCCUUUUCUACAGAGGUCACAGCUAAGAAGAUGGUUUGCUAGUGGAUCAAGUGAGGAGUCCCAACAAGUGAGUUGCUAAGUUAACUGGGACUUUGUCCUAGUGGGCCAGUCGACUGAUGAGACCACGUGAGACCUUGAUGCGUGUGGGUCCCAGGACCGGACUCACUGGGUAUUCAACCAACAGAACCUUUAGUAUCAUGCUGCAGGGAUUGUUUCAUAUGUCAUCACUGGUCAAUUUUACAUAUGCCCCUCAUAGCAAAACCAGCAUUAAGUUAUGAUUCUGCUUGUCAUGGUUGUGGUUUGGUCUUGAAUUCAAAAUGUGGUUGUUUUCUCUCUUGUUCAGCUCAUUAGUUCUGUAGAAGCUCUGUGAAACUAAAAUGGCUCAGUAGUAGUGCAUACAUCUGCCAAAGCCCAACAGAUGCCUUACAAAACACAGUUCAUUUCACUACAUCUGGAUUUCUUCAAAAAUCUCCUAAAAUAUCUGAUUUUUUUUAAUGAGAUUCAUGGAUUAUUCUCUAAAUCCUUUCUUACAAUGUUAUAGAAACUGAAAAAAAUUGUCCCAUCCAGCCACCAAGUUUCAAAGUUCAGUUGUUAUUGUUCAAUCUUGCUUAUAACAAACCAAACAAAUGGAUAUGGGUGAAAACAAAACUUCCUUGGAGUUAAUCAUUUGAAUGACUUUAUCUCUCAUUAUCCCAUCAUUUGUUUUAUGGAUAUGUGAUUAUCUUUGAGUUUGAACCAGUGUUACAGCUGAGGUGAAAAGGCUGAUAUGAUGUUCUGAUUUGUUGGCAAUGUAGUUCAAAUUCCAUACAUUAAGUUUGAUUAAAGAACAUUGAAUUUUCUUCAAAAAGCAUUUGACAAUGUUGUAACAUUCAACAACUGCUGCAUGAUUUCAAAGCCGGAAAAUAUUUUUGCUGGAAGCAUGACAUAUCCUUAACAAAAUGGGUUGAAUCAUACAAGAAAAACCUUUUUUACAAACUGGACGUUUUGGCCUGUCAGAUCCGGAAACGCAUAGGCAUUAAGAGUUGCAAAAAAGAGUUGUAAUAAUAAUAUUAUAAAAGCAAUUCUCCACUGUGCUGAAUCAGCUCUGGAGAACAGUCCUGUUGCAACCACUAUCUUCCUUUCAUACAGGAAAAUGUGCCCUGGCUUGUUUGUAUUUCUUUAAACCAAUCGCAAGAACGAAAAAGUUCUGUCAUAGGGAACUUUUUUGAUAGGGUAUUUGUACGUGUGAAGGUGAUCAAUGCCUUAAAAUGGGUAAUGGGCCUGGCUAAUGGCUCAUCAACCAACAACACAAAAACAGUAAAAGACGCACAUCAACUGUGUGAUUCAUCUUUUGCACUAUGUCCAGCGUGUAGGUUGGUAGUUCAGAGGUUGUUGAUGUUGUCGUCAGAGUCGGAAGUAUCUCUCAGAGGCUACCAAAGGAGGACACAUUUCUCUGUCAUCAGAGGAAGUGUUAGUCUGACCUUGAAAAAAAGUAUUACUAUUCAGAAAAUAUGUUGUUGUAUUCAGCCAAGCUCUGAGAGUGUUCACUUUUUAAUGCUGUUGUAGCCAAAGCUGCAGCAGGGAAGAUGAUUCAGGUGCCAAGCAGGAAAGGGUUAUAUGACAUAUAUAUAUGUGUAAAUGCAUUUUCAUAUCAUCUUUUGUCAAAAAUAAAUUAUUAAAUUUUUCAUCUUCAAAUUCUA